AAAUUAUGAAAUUAAUUUAUAUAUUUUCUAUUUGUGCUUUGGUGUUUUUAGUGCAAAAUGUCAACAGCAAGCCAGAUUAUUUAACAGCUUUUGUGAUCAGGAUAGGAAUAAAUACAGCUUUAGCCUCUCUAAGAAGAAUAGGCUCUAUAACUCUUUUACGGAAAAUCUCCUUAAGUACUCCAACAAUUAUUAGUGAUGUAAUAAAAGAUACUUUUGAAAUAAAGAAUGUGUCUAUCUAUGGAUUUUCCACUUUAAAAUACGAUACCAGAGUCUUUGUCGACAAUGAAGUAGAAAAUAAUGUCACAGUAAGAACGAUAAAUGUAAAUUUAAAUACAUCUCUAGACGAAUUCGGCAUUAAUGCUGAAUACAUAAAGGACACAAAACUUUUUACACUAUUUCAUGUAUAUGGCGAAGGAGAUAUUCGGUUGACUAUAGAUAACAUAAUAUUAAAAUUGAAUGUUACACUAAAUAAUAGAGGAUCACUCCAUAUACAAGACUUAAAAAUUAAACUAUCAUUUGGUGGUUCCAAUGGCACUCACAUAACUGGAUUUCAAAAAAGUAAAACUAUGAGCAAAUAUCUAACAGCGAUCAUAAAAAAUCUUCAAAGGAACUUUUAUUUUUGGUACUAUCGCAAUAAAGUUUGUGUUGAAUGUUUUCUUAGCGAAUCUUUAAAAUUUGGCGCAAAUAUUUUCCUGAAACAAAAAGCCGUUAGAUAUCACCACUGUAGAUGUUCACAUGAAAAUGGAUAUGAAAUAAUAGACAAACUCGAAAAUAUAAUUGAAAUGUUAUACAACGGUAAGUUAUCAAAGGAAUUUCCUCUGACGCAGCAAGUUAAAAAACAGCUAAUUCAGAUUGUUAAAAAUGUAUUGAAGCAAAACAACAUUACAACUAUCUAUGUAGAUAAUUUGCAAAAUUUACUAAACUUAGUUUCAGUAAAUAGUAUUAUAAUUUAA